AUGGCGGAUUUGGCAGAGUUGAAGCAGAUGGUGUUGAGCUUUAGGGUCUCUGAGCUGCAUGUGCUGCUGGGAUUUGCUGGGAGAAACAAGAGUGGACGUAAGCAGGAACUGACCCAGAGAGCUCUGGCACUGGUGCAGAAAGGUUGCUCUCUACAAGUACAGAUCAAAGUGCGGGAAUUGUACAGACAAAUUUAUCCUGUAGGAAAAGCUCAGAACAGCUCACCAGUCCACCAGGAGGACAUCAACAUGCCACUGAUGCAGAGACACCCAGGUGGCCUGGACUACUCCACGUUAAACAUUCGACCAGUCCUGUCACAGGCAGGGAAGCGAGACGUCAGGCUCAAACACUUGCCCUUCUAUGAUGUGUUGGCAGAGAUCCUGAAACCUUCCAGCCUUGUUGCCAAAAAUAAUGGACGGAUGCAGGAGACGCUGUUUGUGUUCCAUCUGACACCCCAACAGGCUCAGGAUAUCACUAUGUCCAGAGAUUUCAGGCCCGGGGCCAAGUGUGAGUACACAGUUCAAGUUCAGCUGAGGUUUUGUCUCCUAGAGCCAUCUUGUGAGCAGGCAGACAUCUUUCCAUCUCAGAUCCAGGUCCGCGUCAACAAUAAACCGGCCACUUUACCAAAUGUGAUUCCAACUAACAAGCCAAAUGUUGAGCCAAAAAGACCUGGCCGCCCUGUGGACAUCACCAGCUUGUGCCGUUUGUCUCCAACAGUGUCUAACGCCAUCACAGUCACAUGGGCAGCUGAUUUCACUCGGAGUUUCUGCAUGUCCAUCUACCUGGUGAGGAAACUAUCCUCAGAGAUUUUACUGGCCAGACUCAAACAGUUUGGUCAUCGUCACCUAGACCACACAAGAGCAUUAAUUACAGAGAAACUGGCCCAGGACUCAGACAGCGACAUUGCCACCACAAGUCUGCGGGUGUCACUGAUGUGUCCACUUGGCAAAAUGCGAAUGCAGAUGCCGUGUCGAGCCAGUACGUGUACUCAUCUGCAGUGCUUUGAUGCCAGCACAUUCCUGAUGAUGAAUGAGAGAAAACCCACAUGGAUGUGUCCUGUCUGCGAUCGGCCAUGUCCCUACGAUAAACUCAUCAUUGAUGGGUAUUUUGUGAAUAUAUUCCAGCAGUCGCCUGCAUGCAAUGACAUUAUGUUUCAUGAAGAUGGCAGCUGGUCACCUAUCAAGCCACAGAAAGAAAAUGCCAACCAAGUCAUUCUCACAACUACAUCCAAACCUCUAGUGUCAACAGCACCCUCACCAUUGAUUAUCUCCUCCUCACUGAAAUCAGUCCCACUGUCAACAUCAACUUCAUUACCAGUUUUAUCACAACCUACAACAGCAGCACCAGUACAGAAACCUGCUUCCACUAAGGGUCCUGUCAUUGAUCUGACCUUGGACAGCUCAGAUGAAGAUGAUGAUAAUGACAUCCCAGGUGAACCUGUCAGCUCCUCGCUGGCCAUUAACUUAGACACACCAUCCCCAGUAUCAGUCACAAAUGUGCCAGCCUCACCAACCAGAGGUCCAGCCUCGCCAACCACAGGUCCAGCCUUACCAACCAGUGGUCCAGAUUUGCCAGCCACAGGUCCAACCUCACCAGCAGUUGGCCCAGCAAAUUCUAUACUGCCUCCUUCAACUAUGACAUUCAUCAGCCAGCCAUCUUCCAUUGUGACAGCUAGCACCCAGCCACCUCCAUCUUUGUUUCAGUCUAGUCCCAGUCAUCAUGGAGCAAAGUCGCAGGAUCCCAGCCACAGAGACAUUCCUUCCAGCACAGUAGACAGCACACUACAGCCAUUACCCAGCACUACCCAGACUUCAUUCAUCAUCAUCAUCAUCUAA